ACACUAGAAACGCUAAAUUACGUUUCUGUUAUAUUUUCAGAAUAUGCAGAAAAAAAUGCAGAUUACAAAUAUGUAAUUUGAUUUCCUCGGAGAUAAAUAGUUUUUAAAAUAUAUAUUUUUAAGUUUUAUUUCUUAUUACCAUAUAUUGUCAUUGGAAAUACGCCAUUUUGGUUUUAAGGCUUAGUACUAGACUAUCUCCCUUGAAUUACUUGCCAACUUUUUUCUGUUGCUGCUUUGUCUUUCUUUCUAGCAGCUAUUAGAUCUAAUAUUAAAAUUCAUUUAAAAUGCAAACAAUCUUUUGUACUUUAAAAAAUAACUAAAAAUCGAAAUUAAAAUCAUGUAGUUAAAGUAAUAACAACAGACAAAAAAAAUUAAUAGAAAAAUAAAAAAAUAACUCUAAGCCUAACAAAAUAUCUUUUAUUGGCAAAAUAAAAGUAAUUAAAUAAAUAGAUACAGGUACCCUGACUUUAAAUACAUGAAAAUAAUAGACAUUAAAUGUUAUUUAAGAUAUUAAAAGCAUGCAAGAAAAAAUCAAAUAGCCAAAUAGAUCUAAUCUGAAUAGAUUGUGAGAUGAAAUAUUAAUCAACACUUAAAAAUUUAGGCUAAAGCAUCAUACUCCAAGCAGUGGAUUUGGCAAAAAACAGUUACAUGUGGCCUCUUGUGGUACAACCACAUCAAAGUGAUUACCAUUUGUAUGCAAUAGUGUUAUGUUGCAGCAUAUAUGGUUGUCUGUGUGAGAUAGUAUGUAUGUGUUUGCAUCAUGAAAUAAAGGUUUUAAUAAUAGCCAUUAGUAUUAUGUUUUGUUGUGGUUUGGUGAGAAUGUAUAGGUGUCUCUUUGCAGUAGUGUAGCAGCUGCAAGCAUUUCUGCAGUUGUGGCCCAUGUUGUAUCUUUUUUCAUCAGCUCCAUAUGCUGCUGUUAAAAAAAAUAUGGUAGCUAUAAGUACAAGUUCUUUAUCCUUCUCUUAUUAUGUACGGUAACUUAUAAUCAUAUUGAAUGAAAAACAAUGCACAAUAUAAGAACAAGCAAUAUCUACAACAAGGUAGAGAAAGUAAUGAUAGGACUGAAGAGUGGAAGGGAACUCCUUUUAUAACAGAUUCGGGAAAUGUUACAAUGGCAUCACAGUUAGUAACCUUGUGAUGGCUCCAAAUAGGGAUGGGGCGAUGAAAAUCAAAGGCUUUAUCAAAUCUCUUUAAUGAGAUGAAAGAGCUUCAUGAUAAAAAUACUAUGUCACUACUUCUGUGGACCAAAUAGGGGAGGGGACUAGAAUCUAUGACAAUCAGUGUGUAUUUGUCAUACAUAACUACUUCUUGAUGUAACUACUUAUAGACUGCCGGCCAACACGAUAUGAUCCAACCACGGGAGUUUUUGUCGUACAUAACUAUCUGUAGAAGCUGGCCGACAUUAUAGGAUACAACCAAUAGAGUUUUGAUCGUGACAUCGUUAUGUUGCGUCACGUUUCAGUCUUAGUCUCAUCCGACUAGACCUCAGUUGAACUGCAUGUCGGUGAAACGAACCGACAAAGAUAGCGAAGAAGGAUAAAUUUUGACCAAGUAAAACACCGUACCGUGCCCUUCUCCCUUUAUGAGCAUACCAGCGAUCCUAGCAGUAGAUGACCUAAUAUGACCACGGCGCCGGUGAAGCUCCGAGCAGGGGAAGGUGAAGUUACAUCACACCUAGUUCUGCCAUAAAGACAAAGAUCGCGUGUGACGGCCGGCGCAGCGAAGCUCCGAACAGGGGAAGAUGAUUACAUCACAUCUAGUUUUGCCGUAAAGACAAAGAUCGCGUGUGACGGCCGGCGCAGCGAGGGUUUAAAGGCACGUAAGAAUAAAUGGAGACAAUCGCCACCUGUACGGUACGGCGGGAGAGAAAAACUUGCUUUGGACUCCGUAACGGAAUGUAAUACAUGGGCGCUAGUGGAUCCAUGUGAAGAGAAGGGUUGGUAGGUGGAGUCGCUAACCCCCCCCCCCACAACUACACAUCUUAAACAAAUUUAGUGUAAUAGGUGAGGAGUUUUUGUUUUUUUAAUGAACUCCGAAAGUAAAGAUGCAUAAAUUAUCUAAAUAGUAGUGUAUAUGCUUCUUACCUGUUUCUUUAUACAUUGGCUUUUGUUCCCCACUCUACGCAAAGUAAAUUUCAGAUUGUGAAACAUGAUAGUUUAACAGGUGCUACGUAACGUUUAACAAAGACGUUCGUGAUCUAGUUACACUCGACCUAUCCUCCCUCCAAGAGAGGUGGAGCCAGAGGUAGUGGUAAGAGUUAUAAACACAGACAUUAGUCCUAUCUGAUCAUAAAACACACGCCAAACAAUCUCUGGUAGACAGUAGACUCCACUCAGAAGACCUCACGGCGAAAGAGAAAGGGACACUGAUCUGUGUCAGCUUCAUAAAAUUCUUUCUCUUCGUGGUGUGAUUUUACGAAAAUAGAGAGCGCUCAAAAUUCGUUAGAAAUGUAUAGAUCUAACUGUAGUCUUAAUCAUCAACAGAUUAACAUAAAAGUAUUAUUUCUUAUAAUAAUAAGUUUCCCGUACUAGAUCUAUAUCAUUUAUUGUCAUUGCUCUAAAAAGAUCACUAAGUCAUAAUGCAUAAUUUUGUUCAAAAAAUAAUAAUAAUUAAACAUAAUAUGUAUAUCUAGAUGCGUGUUUCAUUUCAUUUAAUUCAUGCAUAUUUGUUAUCAUUAUUUCGCUUUGCUUGGUGAGUUAAUAUAUUAAUUAUAGAUCUAAUUGUUAACAUAUAUUUUUUAAUUAAUAAUUUCAUAAGUAGAAAAAAAAAGAAGAAACAACAAGUUCAUCAAUUUAUUAAUAACAUUUUAUUUAGACCUUCAUUUCAGUAAAUACACUUAAAAAAUCAUAAGUUGACAGCAUAAGAACAAAAACUCUCUUUAAAAAAAGUUAUUGAAAGUUCAAUAUAGGUAAGGGAGAUAAAUAUUGUUAACAAACAACACUGUGGUCGGCAAAGUAACAUUGUUAAUGGACCAAUUGAAGCAUUGUUGAAAUCCAUGCUGCUAGUAAAAAGUACAAGUAAAGUACCAAAUUCAAAAAUAUUUGUUAAUACUGUUAUCUGAAGAAGAAGACAUCAAAGUAUCACUGAUGGCUGAUAUAGAACAUGAGUCCAGUCUUGACCUGGGUAAUGUAAUAAAACAUGAGAAGAAAGAAAGUCUUAAUGAAAUAUGUUUGAUAACACAGUCAUGUGAACUACAAGACAUGAAAUUGUCACAUGUAAAAAUUGAAAAGACUGAAGGAGAUGAAGUAACUUCUUCUAUGCAGCCAUUUGAAAACUACAGCCAUGAUCAAACUUGUAAUGUGACCCCAGGAUAUCAGGCAGAUGAUGUUCUAAAGCAGGAGAUAAAAAUGUCUUGUACUACUGAAAGUGAUGAACCAUUGUCCUUAGCAUCAAGACUACUGGCUAUGUCAAAAAAGGCAGACAGAAACUUUUAUCCGGUGCCUAUUAUUUUGCCGAACUUAAAACUAACUGAACACGUAUCUGUCGCAGAACUGUCAAUGAGUGAGAUGAAAAUCACAAAGCAAGAUAAAGAAAUGACUUCAACAAAUGUAUUUGUAAAGGAUAUGAAUGAUCAUAUGGAACAAAGCCUAUCCAAUGAAACUGUUUCAGAUAAGACCAAGAAUUCUACGUGCACUGAUAAUCAUCAAAUAAAUAAACUUUUUACUUGUCAAAUUUCUCAAAAAAGGUUUUCUAGCUCUAAAAUAUUACAAAAUCAUGAGUUGAUUCAUGCUGGUGAAAAAAAAUUUAAAUGUCAAAUAUGUCAGAAAGAAUAUUUUCAUUCUUCCAAUUUGAAACGACACCAAGAGACUCAUACUGGUGAAAAACCAUUUAAAUGUCAAAUAUGUCAGAAAGAAUAUUUUUAUUCUUCCCAUUUGAAACGACACCAACAGACUCAUACUGGUGAAAAACCAUUUAAAUGUCAAAUAUGUCAGAAAGGAUUUACUCAGUCUUUUAGAUUUAAAUUCCACCAACGGAUUCAUACUGGUGAAAAAACAUUUAAAUGUCAAAUAUGUGAGAAAGGAUUUUCUCAGUCUCAAAGUUUGAAACUACACCAAUUGACUCAUACUGGUGAAAAACCAUUUAAAUGUCCAAUAUGUCAGAAAGGAUUUUCUCAGUCUCAAAGUUUGAAACUACACCAAUUGACUCAUACUGGUGAAAAACCAUUUCAAUGUCCAAUAUGUCAGAAAGGAUUUUUUCGUUCUAGUAGUUUGAAGAAACACCAACUGACUCAUAAUGGUGAAAAAACAUUUAAAUGUCCAAUAUGUCAGAAAGGAUUUUCUCAGUCUCAUAGUUUGAAACUCCACCAACUGACUCAUACUGGUGAAAAGCCAUUUAAAUGUCCAAUAUGUCAGAAAGGAUUUUUUCGUUCUAGUAGUUUGAAGAAACACCAACUGACUCAUAAUGGUGAAAAACCAUUUAAAUGUCCAAUAUGUCAGAAAGGAUUUUCUCAGUCUCAUAGUUUGAAACUCCACCAACUGACUCAUACUGGUGAAAAGCCAUUUAAAUGUACAAUAUGUCAGAAAGGAUUUUAUCAGUCUAGUAAUUUGAAACAACACCAACUGACUCAUACUGGUGAAAAAACAUUUAAAUGUCAAAUAUGUCAGAAAGGAUUUUCUCAGUCUCAUAGUUUGAAACUCCACCAACUGACUCAUACUGGUAAACAGCCAUUUAAAUGUCCAAUAUGUCAGAAAGGAUUUUAUCAGUCUAGUCAUUUCAAACAACACCAACUAACUCAUACUGGUCAAAAACCAUUUAAAUGUUUAAUAUGUCAGAAAGGAUUUUCUCAGUCUUAUAGGUUGAAACUCCACCAACUGACUCAUACUGGUGAAAAGCCAUUUAAAUGUCCAAUAUGUCAGAAAGGAUUUUAUAAGCCUAGUCAUUUGAAAAAACACCAACUGACUCAUACUGGUGAAAAACCAUUUAAAUGUCCAAUAUGUCAGAAAGGAUUUUCUCAUUCUAGUUAUUUGAAGAAACACCAACUGACUCAUAAUGGUGAAAAACCAUUUAAAUGUCCAAUAUGUCAGAAAGGAUUUUUUCGUUCUAGUAGUUUGAAGAAACACCAACUGACUCAUAAUGGUGAAAAACCAUUUAAAUGUCCAAUAUGUCAGAAAGGAUUUUCUCAGUCUCAAAGUUUGAAACUCCACCAACUGACUCAUACUGGUGAAAAGCCAUUUAAAUGUCCAAUAUGUCAGAAAGGAUUUUAUCAGUCUAGUCAUUUCAAACAACACCAACUGACUCAUACUGGUGAAAAACCAUUUAAAUGUCCAAUAUGUCAGAAAGGAUUUUCUCAUUCUAGUUAUUUGAAGAAACACCAACUGACUCAUAAUGGUGAAAAACCAUUUAAAUGUCCAAUAUGUCAGAAAGGAUUUUUUCGUUCUAGUAGUUUGAAGAAACACCAACUGACUCAUAAUGGUGAAAAACCAUUUAAAUGUCCAAUAUGUCAGAAAGGAUUUUCUAUGUCUAGUAAUUUGAUACAACAUCAACUAGUUCAUUCUGGUAAAAAACCAUUUAAAUGUGACACAUGUGGAAAAGAAUUAUCUAGUUCUUCAACUUUAAAAAUACACCAACUGAUUCAUUCUGGUGAAAAUCAAUUUAAAUGUGACACAUGUGGAAAAGAAUUAUCUAGUUCUUCAUCUUUAAAUAAACACCAACUGAUUCAUUCUGGUGAAAAGACAUUUAAAUGUCCAAUAUGUCAGAAAGGAUUUUCUCAGUCUCAUCAUUUGAUACAACAUCAAGUUGUUCAUUCUGGUGAAAAACUAUUUAAAUGUCAAAUAUGUCAGAAAGGAUUUACUAACUCUACUCAUUUCAAACAACACCAACUGAUUCAUACUGGUGAAAAACGAUUUAAAUGUUUAAUGUGUCAGAAAGGAUUUGCACUUUUAUAUAAUUUGAAAGUCCACCUACAGAGUCAUACUGGUGAAAAACCAUUUAAAUGUGAAACAUGUGGAAAAGUAUUCUCUCUUGCUUCAUAUUUGAAAAAACACUGCUCGGUUCAUAAAAAUGAUUUUGGGCUUUGAGAAAUCUACCUCCACCACAAGGUAUGAAAUCACAAAAGCGGGUGAUUGGACUAUUGUCCUAUUAUUUUCAAUGGAUCCCAAAUUUUUCCAGCAAGUUCCCUUUAUUAGUAAACAAAAUCUUUCCUCCCCCUGAACAAGUUAAAGAAGCUUUUUAGGCUUUGUCUUUAAGCACUGAUUUAAUCUAAUUUAUAAAUAUGUUUAUUUAGAAUGUUUUUUUUUGAUAUAUUGGAUAUGUUAUUUAAGUUCCUCCUCCUCUUUUUAUACUUGUAGAGAAAUCAAAUAAUUUAUUAUAAAACGGAGUUGUAUUUAGUCUAAUAGUUUCUUCUUGAUGUAACGGAUAUCAAUAUUAUCCUGUUCAUAUUGUGUUAUGUAAUGAUCAAAGGCCAAAGUGUGGUGGAAGUAGGAAAAAUCUUAUGAGAGAUGAGAAUGAUUAGAUUACUUUUGAUCAUGCCUCUGAUAACUUUUCUUUUGACGGCCAUCCCUCAAGAUAUCUUUACUUGUAAAUUGUUCUUACUUGAUUAUGAGUGUCAUUUCAAACCCAGAUGUAAUGUUUUAUUUUUUCUAAUAAACGCUGACUUCAAGAAAUAUGCAACAAUGGCCAAGAACUUACAAAGAAUGUUGUACAGCAAUACGAAUCUAUGGAUCGUCUUCUGUACCUUCUAUCAAUAGUCAAUCUUAUUGAUUUUAAUUAACCUGCAAAAAAAAACCUUUUUUACAUUAUCUCUAUAUCUAUAGACGUUACAUUUGUAUAUAUUUUAAAUGACAUUUUAUUAUAUUUUUAUUUAAUGAGUCAUUCUUGUUGUCAUAAAUGAAAAUAAAUAUAUGAAAUAUUGUUAA